CGUCGUUCGAACCUAUUGCCCUAUAUAAUGGAAGUCUUGGAAGGCGAUGCCAGACGAGGUGAGGAUGAAGGUGCGCACACAGUUGUUGGUUGCUCUUGAGGAGGGUUGCCCGAAUAGUUUUGAGGACCGGGAAGAUAAUUAGGCGUGGCUCUGCAGUCAUUUUUAGGAGCCUGGGUAUGUGAAGAAGGCGAAAGCCAACAAAAGCAAUCGGGAGAAGAAGACUCUUCUCCACCAUUUCGGUUCGAGGCCUUUCUCAUAUAGGAUGGAGGCGCGGCGGCGGGGGGGUUCAAAAUUCUCGGAGAUCGAUGUCUUUAGCGAAGUAUAUGUUCGACCCGGGGAUGAGUUGGCCGAGUUCCUUCAUGCGACGAUGAUGGAGAAGAGGCAGUUCGUUCUUCAAGAGGCCGUCUCCCAGCUUCCUCCCGAGACUCUGCUCGAGUCUGUGGAUCCCUCAGAGGAUGUGAGGUUUCAGAUCCUUACGGAGACCUUGGAUCAAACUCUCGGGCGGAGGCUGGGGACGUAUUGUAGAGGGAUGGGGAAUGCGCGGCUGUGGGAACCUAGAGCCCCUUCAUCAUCGUAGUCAAAGAGUCAAGUGACAAUUUUGAUAGCAAAGAAGCUCACCUCGUAUAGGAGCCAGAUGUCACAGAUUGUACAAGCCUUCAGUCAGUCUAGCAUUCGUCUCCCGGAUCUUUGUCCCCUGUCAACAUCCGAACCCCUUCAACCCGAGCAUGCCCACAACUCUGCCCUUUCAACCUCUCAGCCCGUCCACAACCUCGAGACCUUCCAUCCGCCUUCGAAUGACGACCCCGUAGAUUAUGUUGCAUUAUUUUAUUAGUUUUUUACUCCCUUACUUUUUAAACAUUUUUCUU